AGGAUGGGCGGGAGGACUCUCGAGGAUUGCAUAAAAGGUAAAAUGGAGAAACACAUAGUUUUACACUGGUGUGGCCAGGAGAGUUAAUAAUUAACAUUUAUAGCACAUAGAGAUGGUGUGCGGGGAACAAGAUAAACAGUGAGGGAUUCUGUGGUCUUGUGCACUGGUGUCAGCAGUUGUGCUUUCCAGGGGUAGGAAAUGAAAAUUACUCUGAUAUUUUAAAGGUGUGUUAUCCUAGAUGCAUAAGAAUAAUGAACUGAGCUCACUUACGGUAAAGAUUGGCCUUUGCAAAGCCUGGUAAGUGACUACCUGCUAUGACCUGCCCAAAGUUAGGAAUUUGUGUGGUUACUUUACAUCUCUGAAUGGAUGAUGAAUUGAUGAUGAUGAUGUUUGUUAAGCUGCCUCGGGACCCUGCUUAUUAGCCUGUCAGGUUUCUUGCAUAGCUCCCUUUUCAUUCGCAGUAAUAGUAGACACUCAGUAGCAGGUACACUUAGUCGUGAACUGUGAACUAGUUCUUUCUAAGUCUCCCAGGGAGAAGCUUACUAUAAAUGUGAAGGUCUUAGUGUUGAGUAGAGGAGGAAGCAGCAAUGGAAUAUAAUCAUCUGCCCCAAGAUUACACUUUAGAGAAGUACUUUGAACGAAGCUAUGUUUUUUUAUUUGUAAUGGGUGUGUUACUUCUUUUGAGAAGGCUUUUUACAAUAGUAUGAUGGUUCCCCUGGAACUCAUAGAAGGAUUCGUUUUUGAUCCUCUCCUGUAUUUACAGCUGGCUUUUCCCCUAGGGAAGCAUUCAUCUGUUUGAAAAAGCAGAGAGAGAACACAAGAAGUUUUCUCAAACAGUGAAGUCUGGAAAUCAGAACUGCAUUUGCCUUUCAGGAGGGCAAGUUCUAAAGAGCCGUUGUUUGGGUGAAUCUACCCCUGGCUGACUUUAGAAUUCUUCUGGCUUUUAAUUUUCUUCUUUUUAAAAUAACUUGGACGGAUAAAAGAUGUGCCAUGGCAGGAUAGCACCAAAGAGCACCUCAGCGUCUGCCGUGGCCUGUGUGGGACAUGGAGUGUUCCUGCCACUGGCGAUCCUUAGCACCCUCCUUGGAGACGGACUUGCCUCAGUGUGUUCCCUGCCCCCGGAGCCAGAGAAUGGUGGCUACGUCUGCCACCCUCGGCCCUGCAGAGACCCCCUCAACUCUGGCAGUGUCAUCGAGUACCUGUGUGCUGAAGGCUACAUGUUAAAAGGCGAUUACAAAUACCUGACGUGUAAGAAUGGUGAAUGGAAACCAGCCAUGGAGAUCAGCUGCCAUCUUAACGAGGAGAAAGACACCAAGACGUCACUCGGGACCCCCACGCUGUCCAUAGUGGCUUCCACUGCCAGCUCCGUGGCCCUCAUUCUCCUCCUUGUGGUGCUGUUCGUGCUGCUGCAGCCAAAACUGAAGUCUUUCCAUCACAGCAGGCGUGACCAGGGGGUAUCUGGGGACCAGGUCUCUAUCAUGGUGGAUGGAGUCCAGGUUGCUCUGCCGUCCUAUGAGGAGGCUGUAUAUGGCAGUUCUGGUCACUGUGUGCCGCCUGCUGACCCCAGAGUGCAGAUUGUGCUGUCAGAAGGAUCUGGGCCUAGUGGGAGGAACGGGCCAAGGGAGCAGCAGCUGCAGGACCAGGGGGCCUGCUCCUCUGCAGGCGGAGAGGAGGAGGCCCCGGGCCAGUCUGGACUGUGUGAAGCCUGGGGCUCCCGGGGCUCAGAGACUGUGAUGGUGCAUCAGGCAACCACCUCUUCCUGGGUGGCUGGCUCAGGGAACAGCCAACUGGCACACAAAGAAGCCCCCGACUCAGAGAACAGUGACAUACAAAGCCUUUUAUCCCUCACCUCGGAGGACUACACAGACGAUAUCCCACUGUUGAAAGAAGCAUGAGGCUUGCCACUGGCCUCUCUCCUCUCUGCAAUGGCCCUCUCCGCCCUCCUUCCCUCCCUGUGGGUGUGAGCGCCCUGUACUCCAGCCGCCCUGCCCGAUAUCUGAGCUGCCACCUGUGGAUCUGUGGAUCUCUGAGGGCCUGCAGGCCCACCUCGCUGGAAACUCAAGGAAGAUUCUCGCCACCUGCCUGCUGGACAGCUGGAGGAGCUGGCUUUUUGCCUGGCCCAGCCUUCCCAUCUGUGUCUGGGACAUAUUUGAAUGUGUUGGAUUGAACCCUUCCUUACCCUGAACGCUCUGGGUCCCCUCCGGCCAGCUGUUUGACGGCAGCCUCCACCAGCCCAUGUGGGCCAGAGAGCCGCUGUGUUUACUUGUGCCUUCCCCCCACCCUGUCCAGCUUCGCCGUCACGCAGGCCUGUUGCUCUCUGCCUUCGUGGCUGCACUGCUGCCUCCUGCCACACAAAGGGCUGGGCCUGGGGCUGGCUUGUUCCUUUGAGGGCUGGUACCACUGCCCUUACCGGGAGCAGAUCCAAGAGUGAGAGCCGGGGAGACGAGAACGACUCUAACUGGAGCAAGCGUGUGGGUCUCCGGACCUGCCCGUGGUUGACACUGAUGGCACAUUUCCUUGACUGAGGAUGGAGGAUGUGGGGAAUCCUGCCAAAGCCGUCCCAGCACCCGGCUAUCUAGCUCAGAGGGGCUGCCUCCUGGCCCUGCUGAAUCGAGUUUCCAGGAAUCAUCCAGAAGAUCCCAAGGGAGGGCGGGAAGGUGGCUGAUGAUGAUUGUCUUCCUAAUAUGCAAGUUCUUGCCUCCUCCUUCAGCGCCGGCCUCCCUGGCCUCCCUGGCCUCCAUUUUUCUUUCCCUGGAGUACAAGGGGAAGUUGCAUGCUGCCUCCUGUGUUGUAUCCUGGGCAGCGCCUGCUCUCUUGCUGCCCACAGAGGCCCGAGGUGAGUCCUCCCUGGGACAGGAGAUUGCUGAAGUGCCGUGGGCUGCCCAUCCGGUCACUGGCAGUCAGGGCAUGUUGCCCCGUUCUGGGUUCGUGGUGACGGAGGGAAACCUGAGAGGCACAGACUAAAUCCCCAGGCAGCUGCAGGCAGCUCGAGCCCUGGUCCUGAGGGUCCUCCUCACCACAGUCAUGUGCCUUAGUAACUGUUCCCAGGAAGUGUCCUGCUGCUUGCUGCACUGCUGCUUUUCCUACUUCUGCCUCCCCUCCUGUCCCCUCCUGUCCACAGCUGACAGACACCUCCCUGGUCUUCUCUGGCACCUGGGGGAGAGGCUGAGAGUCCCACACACCCUCACCCGGCUGGGUGCGGUGGGUGAAGGGUCGCAAGGCAGCCUGGCACCCGGGCCUGGUGUUGAAGGAGUGGGUUUGAUGCUCCAGACGCUUCUGCCAGCCGUCUUUGCCUCAGUCACGUCUUCCGUGCUGACGAGGCUGCGGUGGCAGAGCUCAGGCAGGCUGCUUCUGUCUUCAGAAGAUGUGACUUUAAGUGAGACUUGUUUUUGAAACACAGGGGCUAGGACAUUUCAGAGCUGAUUCUGCCCUGCACUUCUGCUCCUCCUCUGAGUCUCUCGGGGGUGGUAAAAGUAAUGAAGAGCCCAAUAUACUUUCAAUACCUGACCAAACGGGGUAGCUCCAGGAGCGGGUGGCCUGGAAGAUUUAGGGGAAUGGCCUCUCAGCCUCCCACCUCCGCUCUCACACGCGCACUUUACUGCCUUCUCUUCCUGGCCUCUGGCUUCCCCUUGUCUUCCUUUCUCUCAGGGUAAGGGCAGUGCCUACUGUGCUUGCUGGCCACUCCCACCUCUCCCCUCUGCCCCCGCCCAGGAGCCCAGAGUCCAGGUCAGCAUGGUUAGAUGCGGAACAGGUUGUCGAAGAUGCCAGAGAUAGAAGGCAGAAGCUUUUGAGGGAGAUGAAAUGCACCAGGGGACUGUCCUUGGCCUCAGAAGAAGCCAUUUCCAGGGAGUGCCUGCCAGCAGUUGCUGGCUCUGGGCCCAUCUGGAGGGCAGGUCCCUGGUGACCCAGCCGCCUCGCCAUGCAUGGGCGCUCCUUCCCAAAGGGACUGCCCUUGUCUUCCUCCAAAAAAGAAAGCAGAGGCAGCUGGUGUGGGGUCCCGUGUCUCACUGCUGAGCCUGCAGCUUUUAUUUCGACUCAUCUAAAACCUGGAUUCUAACCUAGAAUUUUUUAUUUUAAUGAAAGAUCUUGCCGUUUUUAAAUAUUAUUACUCUGGGCUUUUUUUCUCCCUAAGAGAUUGCACUUUUUGUUGUUUUGGAUUUAUUCAGCUGCAUAGGUUACCGGCUUGGGCCUUGGGAAAAUGAAAAGCCCUUCUGAAGCCUUCUUCCAACUAACCGCCGUUACCACCGUCCUGGGGAUCACGAACCCACACUUGUGUGCCUGGUAGGAAGGAAAGAAGGGUAAAUGGGAGCCUCCAGUUUCCUCCCCACCCACCCCCUUCCCCUCCUCCCCCUCCCCCCUGCUUACUGACUUGGAUGCGGACCCCCUCCCCCUCGGAGGCCAGGGCCCGUGGAUGCGGGGACCAGGCCUCUUUCCUGCUGACAUCCGUGACGGCUGUUAGUGCUCUUCCCUGAAGCAGUGUCUUAGCAUCAACCAUGUGCUGCUGUUUCAGGGGCUCCUGGGUUUUGGCCCUUGCAAGGGAUAGGAGACUCUACAGCUGCCUUAAGAUGGGGCCUGGCUAGGAGACGUGACAGUGUUGGGUGGCAGGCUGUCAGAGGACCCUGGAGCAGCGGGGGAAACUGUCCCUAACCUGGCUUUUCUGGGCUCACCUCUGGGGGAGUCGCGCAGAGGGCUUGUCCAGGAGAAUGGUCAGCACCAAAGGACUUCGUUUUUUAAAGAUAUUAUUUUGCACAUGUGAGCUGACUCAAUGCAGGUUUUAUAUCCUGGCAACUUGAAGUUACAUUCCAGUGACUUACAAGGGCCAGUACAUGGUGAAAAUCAUUUAAAAUUUCCGUCCCUUUCUAUGCCUUAGUUUAGCAAGUAGGCUCUAUCUUUUCCCAUUUCCAAAUUCUGUGUGCCACGUUCCCAUUUCACACGGCGUGAACUGUGAAAUGGGCUGAGUCCUGGCCGCUCCAUGAGUUCUGGUUUUUUAUAAGGCAUUUCAGCAUGUGUUCUACUAACCCGUUUGCAACAAAACUGGAACUAAUGUCACCUUCCCCAUGCAUCUUGCCCCCGUCGUUAAAGUUCUGUGGAGAAGCUGGACAGCAAGGCAGACAGAGGCGCACUCUUGCUGCCUCACUAGGGGCGGCACAGGGAUCAGCGGCCCUCAGCCCCCUCCUGGCCCCAGCCGAGCCCUCAGGCCGCUUGCUUCGCAGGGACAGCGUCCAUUCCCAGGUCACACCCGGACAUCCAGAGGGGAACAUGCUGCGAACAUUUCUAUGUCCUUGCCCUUUCUUUCCUCAAAGAGAAUAAAGGACCCAGAAGGGAGGCGGUGUGCAGGCUUUCCAGCUGAGCUCCAGAUGUUCCCGCUGGGAGCCUCUCAUGGGGCCUGCUGGGGCUCCCGGCUCGGGGACAGUCAUUGCAGGUGCUCAGUGGCGGGCUCAGAGGGGACUUUGCUGGGCAGGCUCCGCUUUGCUGGGAAAUGGCUCUUAAGUCCCAGUUGAAAACUUAGUAGAGUUUUGAAUGAAAACCCAAAGCUGAACCCUGCGCCAGGCAGCAGAGCUCUUUGGAGCGGGGGCGGGGCAGAGCACUUGGCCUGCCAAGCAGAGGGGGAGAGGGAUGCAGGUGCGAGGCUGCCCACCACACGCUGCCCUGGCUUAUUGCACCACUGUGGACUUGCAGAAUGGUACUCACAUAAUGGUUUAAAACAACACAUGCUUCAUUGACUCUGUGCAGGAUCUCACUCAAUCAGUUUGGGUUUGCUUUAUUUUAUAUAUAUAUAUAUAUAUUUUUUGGUAUCCUGUACAUUGCAGUGGGUGUGAAGAUAGUAUUUUAAUAUUUGUACAAAGUUUAAUUUAAUUUUAAUUGUUCUAUGUAUAUAACUGCAUUUCUAAAUAAUAAUUAAAAAAGUUCUUA